AUGUUGAACAAGGUAACCCCCGCCCUCUUCCUCCUCGCGCUGGUCGCCCACAUCACUCCCAUCCACUCCCUCUGCCUCCCUCACUUCCCGAACAACACCAACAGCACGAACACAACUUACCACGCGACCAAGCCCAAGCCCAGUACCUCUCCUCUCCCCCUUACACCCAUCAAGCAAGACGUCUACGACCCCUCCGAGCCCUACGCCGCCCCCUGGCCAGCACCCAGCACCACAACCCGGCCACCUCCCGGCCCAACACCGACCUACACCUACAAUGAAAGAGACAGGACGUGGGCCGAACUCUGCGGCCCGUCGUCGUACGUCAGCAACACGAAAUACACCUCGGCCCUGGCCGCAGACUGCCAGCUGCUCGCCGACAAGGCGCGGGACAUGGGAUUCAACAUCCGCACUCUCAAGCCCAAGUUCACAGACAACCACACGCUUCUGCCGCUACACACCGAGGGCACCUGCAGCUUUGGCAUCCGUCCGCACACGAUGGAGGAACUCAGAAGCGCGACCACGGGCUUCUUCAUCGGCAACUGGGACAUCGCGGACAUCGUGGACAAGGUCGUCAGGAACUUCACCGUGGACGGACUGGCGGGCGGCAGCGGGCUUACUCGCUGUCGUUAUAUCGACAAGAGCGUCAACGUUCACUGGACUGUGUAUGGUCCCGGGGAGUUGAUUGAUGCCGGGUGGGAACCGGCGCCUCCUGUCCCUUCUUCUGCGGAAAAGGGGUCCAUCAACAAGCAAGUAACACGCUAUGGAAUUUCUGCCGUCUUCACCCACCCUGGUGCCAAAGUCGACGUCGUCUUGGUCCACGGUCUCAACGGUGAUCCCGAGCAGACAUGGACCGCAAGAAAUGGCGUCUUUUGGCCCGCCGAUCUGCUUCCGCAAUCUCUAAAGGACGUCAACGCCAACAUAUUAGUCUACGGUUAUAACGCAGAUGUUUACUCAACCAAAAGCGAUAGAAGCCCCAGCAGCAAUUUCAUAUACCAGCAUGCCCGGAACCUCGUUACCGACUUGACGUUCUACCGCAAGAGCGUGGGCACCUCGGCCAACCCGAUCAUCUGGCUGGCACACAGUCUCGGCGGCCUCCUUCUCAAGAGUGCUCUGCUGUAUUCCAACGAUGUCAAAGACCAAAACCUUGGCGAUGCGAGAUCCGUCUACAUUUCAACCUAUGCCAUCGUCUUCCUCGGCACCCCUCACACCGGGUCUGACAUGGCGACAUGGGGGCAUAUGUUGCAACGCAUGGCGGACGCCGUCAUGCCUCGCAAGUUCCUCGAAAGCGAAUCGGUUCUUGUCAAGACGCUGAAGAAGGACAACGAGAUCCUACAAGGCAUCAACAGCCACUUCCUGGACAUAUACCAGCGGCUCCAGAUUCACAUGGUUCAUGAGAGCCAUAAGACCGAUAUCAAAGGCACAAAAGUGAUGAUUGUGGACGCGGGAUCGGCUGGUCCCCAACUACCAGGCGUGACGUACUACGGUAUCGAAGCAACCCACUCUGGCAUGUGCAAAUUCGACGACACCAAUGCCCCAGGCUACCGCAACGUCUCAACUGCUAUACGCGAGUGGGCUAUGGAGGCACCAGUAGUCAUCCAAACCCGAUGGGAAGUCGAGCAAGAGCAGAGAAGGUCUCAAGCCCACAACGAAGCUGUCGAAAGAACACGUGAAUACGGCAGCCAAGUUGGGCAGUACGCACCGCUCGUGGUAUCGCCUGUUGGCACAGGUAGUCCAACCCUCUUUUCUCCCUCCCAAGCUGGAUCUCAACAUGAACUGCCGUCGCCACGAGAACCACCAUUUUUUGUCCCUGAUAAGUUUCGUCCGAAUUCGUACUUCAAAGGACGCGAAGACGAACUGCAGGACCUUCAUCGGAUGCUGAUGGACAAGAAGAGAAGGUCAGAGGGCACAUCUGCAGUAGUCAUCCAAGGUAUCCCUGGAGCGGGCAAGACACACUUGGCUCGGCAGUACGUGUUCAACUACAAACAACACUAUCCGGGGGGCAUAUACUGGAUCAGAUCAACGUCACCCCAAGACAUGGAGACCGAAAUCUGGCGAAUCGCCAAAACACAAGCUAUCAGAGAGAUGAUAGGCCAAGAAGAGAAAAACGACCUGUCUAAUCCUCAGAAAAUGGUGGAGAUUGUUCGAAAAUGGUUCAACGACUUCAGCGGUUGGCUGUUGGUUCUUGACGGCAUCCGCUCCGACAAUCGUCUUGUCUCCGAGUUCAUCCCCGAUAGCAAGGACAGCAGUCUGAUAUUGACUUCGACGGAGCGUAAUCUUGCAGGAAAUCAUCUGUUGGACAACCCCAGAGUCAUGGAGCUUGGAUUGCUUCCUGCUCAAGAUGCUCGAGAGUUGCUGCUUGAAGAGAUGGGAAAGAAGCCACCACACUCAAUGGACGACUUGAGGCGCGCCUUGGAUCUGGUCCAGCUGAUGGACCGUCUGCCGUUGAUGAUCCACGCAGCAGCUCAGCACAUGAAUGAAACGAGGGAGCCUCUUGCCAAAUAUCUCAAAUCCUACCGCGACAAGCCAAGAGUGGGUAUGCUGCCUGCAUACAAGACAAUUCGAGACCAACUCCAGAAUCGCGGGGAUACAUCCGCCCUGAAUCUCAUGUACAUCCUCUGCUUCUUCAGUCAACUAGUACCAGUGGAGAUGCUGGCACUUGGUCUCAAAGCUCUUGACAAGCGUACGCCCAUCGGAAGAGACGCGAAUGGAAGGAGGCAGAGCCUCAAUGGAGUAUUUGUCACUCUCAUCAAAUUUGCGCUCAUUGAGAGGAACCAAAUGGAUGACAUACCAUCUACCAGCUCACAGAGUUCGCACCAGACCAUCGACACAUCAUCGGAGCCCCUGGAUGUUCUUCAGAUCCAUAGCGUCGUUCAAGCUUUUUUCAUUGAACUCCUAGGCGAAGAAAAACAGCUGGAAUUCUGGCUUGAGCGAGCUGUGCGCAUUUUCUGCUUCUCUUUUGAGGAGGCGGACUCAAGGAUGAAGAAAGAUCCGACAACUGGCCUACCCGAUGACUACAGAAGGUACACUAUACACGGCAAGAAACUGUUGGAGCACCUAGAUCGUCACUACAAAUCCAAAAACGCGGAUCUCGCCAGAGUGAGAGCAGAUUUGGAAGCAAUUCUCCCAAGGCUCCCCGAGGAAAUCGACAGUCUACAGAGAACCAUAUCGACGAGCAUCGUUGAUGGCAAAGAGCCAGUGGAACACCUUUCGAUUUUUGAACGCUCCAACAGUAUGUCAUCGACAUCCACCGAUACCUCAAAUGGUGCCAGUUAUCCGAAUGUUGGCCAUGGGACUGAAGACAAAACGUUUGAGUCUCCAACCACCUAUGAGAUUCCAUCUCGUUUCCACGUGCCGUAUCCCAACAUGCUUGACGAUCAGGGUUCUCGGGACGAAGACGAUCGUACCAUCACGCCAUACCCCCCGGAUACAGUACUCGGACCUUAUGAUGGGACGGGGGACGAGAAGAGUGACGAGUCCGAGUGGAUACAGGUUCUCCCCAGACACAGAAGUUUCUACCAACGAUCCCCGUACCAGCAUCAGCCGGGAGUCGGCUCACGGGCUCAUGUCCACCCCCGGUCCACUUACGAGAAGAGGAGGCCGCUCACCAAGCCGGCCCAGAAUGUCUGCCAGAAGUGA